AUGGGUAAUUGGUUAUCCUUAUGUUUAUUGGGAGAAAGGUCCAAAAAUAUUUUUAGAUAUUUGGAGAUUUUAUAUAUAAGAUGUUUUAAAAGUUAUAAUUAUAUAAGUUAUAUAAAGUUGAAAUAUAAUAAUAAGAAAGAUGAUAAGAUUCAAAGGAAUACGAUUAAUACAAGUACUGAUCUUAAUGAGGGGCAUAAAAAUAAAAAAGAGAAUUAUAUAAUUCGAGCUUUUUUGGAUAUGACAAAACAUGAAAAAACAUUAUUAUCUAUAGCUAUGAUAUUUCUAAUAAUAAAUGCUUACACAAAUAUAAGCUAUCCUAGAAUUAUGGGUGAAUGCAUUGAAGUAUC